AUGGUCCCCUCGCUGCACUGGGUCCUGCUACUGUGGGGACUUCAAGGUCUUUGGGCACAGGACUACGAAGAAGACUAUGAGGAAGAGGUGGUGACCACCAGGAAGAAGAGCAAACUAAAUCCAUCCAACAUCAUACCUCAAAAUGGCAAAUCUGUCAUAAGCGAAGAAUGCAAUUUGGAGUUAGCCUUUCUGAUCGACAGCUCAGAGAGCGCCAAGGACAACCAUGCCCAGGAGAAGCAAUUCGCCACGGACGUGAUGGACCGGCUGCAGAACCUCCAACUGCAGACGGGCCGGGGCCUCAGCUCCCGGGCAGCCCUCCUUCAGUACAGCAGCCAUGUCAUCAUAGAGCAGACCUUCAAACAGUGGAAGGGCAUCGAUGACUUCAAGGCCCGAAUCGCUCCCAUCGUGUACAUCGGUCACGGCACCUACACCACCUUCGCCAUCACCAACCUCACCCGUAUUUACCUGGAGGAGUCGGACCCCAACAGCAUCAAGUUGGCCGUUCUGCUCUUCGACGGCAUCUCGCACCCCAGGAACCCAGAUAUAUUUUCAGCCGUGGCUGACGCCAAGAACCAGGGCGUCCGCUUCUUCACCGUAGGCAUCACACCUGAAGCCAACGUGGCCGGCAAUGUAGCGACGCUGCGGCUAAUUGCUAGCUCCCCAGCGUCGCGCUACCUUCACAACCUGCAGGACAGAGGCGUUGUGGAUAAAUUCAUCAAAGAGAUUACGGCGCUGGCAGAUGAAGGGUGUCCUCUGGCCCAGAGCAAGUGUGCGUGUGACAAGGGUGAGAGGGGAGCCAGCGGCUCUCCUGGCAAGAAGGGUCGUCCUGGAGAAGAUGGGAACCCCGGCUCAAAGGGACACAAGGGUGAGGGUGGGCUCAGUGGACUUCCGGGUCGGGAAGGAUCAGAGGGAAAGUCGGGAUACAAAGGAGAGCAGGGAGAGAGAGGGGAGUGUGGCACACCUGGACUUAAGGGGGACAGAGGUCCUGAAGGUACCAUUGGCCCAAGAGGAAACCGUGGACUUCAGGGUACGCUUGGUCCACCUGGCGAUAACGGACCUGAAGGUGCAAUGGGUAAAAAAGGGGAAAGGGGACUUUCUGGGCCACCUGGAAUCCAAGGGGAAACAGGGAUCGGCCUUCCGGGGCCCAAGGGUGAUGUCGGUUACCAGGGUCAAACAGGGCCUCCUGGUCCUCGGGGACUUGGCGAGCAUGGACCACCGGGGCCUCAAGGGCCACAGGGAGUCCAAGGAGAGAGAGGACAGAUAGGAGAAGGUCUCCCUGGACCAAAGGUGAGUUUGUGUCUUUUACCAGGCUGUUGGGGCUCACAGUUUUUCUUGGCACAUCUGCACUCGAACCAGUUGAAAGGUUUGAACCUUUUGACCCCAUUUCAUGCAUUCACUUUCAAUUGAUCCACCUACCCUGACCUGCUCAAAGGCCCCGUCUGGCCUCCAGAUUCCUCCAGUGUAAUGACAGGCCAUUGAUAAUGUGAGUGAUUACAAGAGAUGAUAACACGACACAGAACUUCCAUGAGUUCACACACAGCUACGGCUCUCAAUUACCUCAU